UGUGGUUGUCAAAUCUUUCAAUUUUUAUCAUAUUGCAAUUUGGUUUUGUUAGGAUUUAAAUGAAAAGUUAUAUCGUGUAUCAUUUUUUUAUAAAUAUGUUCAUGUAACUGAUAAACACUUAUUAAUACAAGUUGUAUUUUUUUAUUGGCUUUAAAUUAAGUAUUUCACUGUUUACGACUUACGCAGGAAGUAAAUAAAACUGCGAUCAUAUAACUUCUGUUUUAAAUCUCGUGUGUGAAAAAUAUUACAGGUUAUAAGUGAUCUAUGAGAAAAUGUGUUAAACUUCACCUACAGCAAGUGAUAUUCUAGAGAAUAUACUUUUAAUCAUUUAUAUACAAAUAUAUAUCAACGGAAUCUUUCUAAAUCUCGGCGAAUAUCACAGCAGACGACAUGGAGGUGGACGACAUAGGCAAGAAAGGGAAUUUAUUAGACGAAAUGCCGCCCAUCAACUGCGACAUGAUGACCGAAAGCACGUACGGCAGCAGCAAAGAUAUCGGCGACACGACGUUUUGCUUGGGGAAUUAUAUACCCGAUUUUAUGAAGAUGCUAUUCACGAUGCGAUCGCACCACAUGCUGACAGACGUCGUCUUGGAGGUGGGCAACGAAUUGUUUCACGUACACAAAGUCGUGCUCGCAGCUGGCAGCCCAUACUUUAAGGCAAUGUUCACAAGUGGGCUGAAAGAGUGUGAAAUGUCGCGCGUGCGGCUGCAGGGCGUGUGUCCCUCGGCGAUGGCGUGGCUCGUGUACUUCAUGUAUACGGGCAACAUAAGGAUCACCGAGGUCACCGUGUGCCAGCUCCUACCGGCAGCUACUAUGUUCCAGAUAUCAAAUGUCAUAGACGCCUGUUGCGCCUUCCUCGAGCGCCAGCUGGACCCCUCCAACGCCAUCGGCAUCGCCAACUUCGCUGAACAACACGGCUGUAUAGACCUGAAAAAUAAGGCCAACCAGUUUAUCGAAAGGAAUUUUAUACAAGUAUGUCAGGAAGAAGAAUUUCUGCAACUGACUGCGCCGGAGUUGAUAUGCCUGAUACGAAAGGAUGAACUAAAUGUUCGAGAGGAGAGAGAAGUUUACAACGCUGUGUUGAGUUGGCUAAAAUACGACGAAGACAAAAGGUACGCCCGAAUGGAGCACAUCCUCCAAGCUGUGCGGUGUCAGUACUUGACGCCGAGUUUUCUUAAGGAACAAAUGAGCACGUGCACUGUGCUCAAGAAAGUACCCGCCUGCAGGGAAUACCUUGCUAAAAUAUUUCAGGAUCUGACAUUACACAAGAAAUUAGUGGUAAAAGAGCGGAGGCCGAACACUCCGCGUAUAAUAUACGUGGCGGGUGGAUACUUCAGGCAUUCCAUAGAUGUGUUCGAAGCGUUCAAUUUGGAUGACAACUGUUGGACCACUUUGCCGCGACUCACCGUGCCUAGAUCUGGAUUGGGAGCUGUGUUUUUAAAGGGAUUCUUCUAUGCGGUGGGGGGACGCAACACAUCGCCCGGCUCCUCGUACGACAGUGACUGGGUGGAUGUGUACAACCCCGCUACGGAACACUGGCGACCCUGUAGACCCAUGUCCACCCCAAGGCAUAGGGUAGGUGUCGCUGUGAUGGAUGGUUUACUUUACGCCGUGGGGGGUUCUGCUGGAUCUGAAUAUCAUAAGUCUGUCGAAUGCUACGACCCGGAGAAGGACGUAUGGACGUACGUGGCGUCAAUGGGCAGCGCCCGGCUGGGCGUGGGCGUGGCCGUGGUCAAUCGGCUGCUGUACGCCGUGGGCGGGUUCGACGGCGCGCGGCGCGUGCGUUCCGUCGAGUGCUACCACCCGGAGAACAACCGCUGGACCGAAGUCGCGCCCAUGAGCGUGGCCCGCAGCGGCGCCGGCGUGGCAGCGCUGAACCAGUACAUCUACGUGGUGGGCGGGUACGACGGCACGCAGCAGCUGUCGGCGGUGGAGCGCUACGACACGGAGCGCGACGCGUGGGACACCAUCGCGCCCGUGCCCGUCGCGCGCUCCGCGCUCUCGCUCACCGUGCUCGACAACAGGCUCUACGCCAUGGGCGGUUACGACGGCAACGCGUUCCUCGACAUCGUAGAAGUGUACGACCCGGUGACCGACAAGUGGGAGAGCGGCACCCCGCUCACGUCGGCGCGCUCGGGCCACGCGUCCGCCGUCUGCUACCAGCACGUGGCGCCGCUCGAGGGCGAGGCCAAGCCGGCCGUGCUCAAGAAGCUGAACAAGCGCACUCGCUCCCCGCAAGCCACCUCCUCGCACACCGAUGACGUGCCGAUGCCAGAUAACAUCAUACGGACGUUGUCCACUUCGCGAGGACAGUUAUAACCCGGCUGGAGAUGGGGCGCGUACGACCCGACUGAUGUGCAGUGAACGUGAUCAUGUGUUCACCGAGUGGGACAGUUCUAACCUGACCGGGACAGUGUGCAAGUGAUAUGUCCACCUAAAAAAAUACAAGUGUUGAAAGUAAAGGGCCAAUUGUAACCCAACUCCUGACAGUGCAUGCAGUAACUCUGAUCAUGACACGUCCACCUCUUAGAGACAGUUGAAUCCUAAUCAGGGUGUGCAGGGACUAAACUAUUCCGUGAUUCGCUCAUAAUCUCAUCACAUGCAAUGUUAUAUUUCACAAAUGUAAUUCUUUAAUGCAUACUGCCAUUGAAUGCCAUUUCUAAGUUGUGUAUAUUACAGAAUAUAUAAUCACAAUGUAUGUUGUAAUGGAUGUUUAUUUAAGUCUCAAACUGUAUCGUGGAAUCUAAUUUAACUUAGGUUAAGUGUAAGUGUAUCAUGCUGGUAAAGUAUUGACAAUAGACUUGUUAUAUAUAUUCAGAAUAAGGGUGUUAUUGUUUUGGAUUUAAUCCUUGGUUAUAAAAUAUUGUUUCCAAAUAUAUGUAUAAUAAUAAUGAUUCAACUGUAUGAAUGG